UGUCCUCACUCCUCUGCCUCACGCCCUCGCCAGUCGCCACCGCCUACCAGACACCGUCACACCAGUGUCGCCAGAUGCCAGAAAACUGAGGCCGAAGUAGCGGAAAUAUUUCUCAAGUAACUUUCUAAAUGGCUUUUCAUUCCAUGAUUUCAAAGUAAAAUAUUUCUGGAACUGUAUAUUUGCUUAAUCUUCUUAUACGGACAAUUAUUGAUUUUACUCUUUUUGAUGCGUUGAAACAUUGCCGCUGUGGUUCAAUUUCCUGCAAAAUUUUUCCUGGUGAUUUCUUUAUGUUUUCUUCCCAUGGUGCCCUUCGAUUCAUGAAAAAGCUUCGUGCUUUUCUGGGUAUUCCUGCCAGUAGCGCCACUUCAGGGUCUAGGAAGAUUAUCUCCAAUUACUUGCAUUGUCUUAAAGAAUCGAAAGGGAGGAGACCCAAUCGGCUAGUUAAUCGACAUGUAAAUAAAUCUUGGAAGAAAUUAGUCAAAAAACAUGCUGAAAAUGUAGAGACUUCUAAUGUUUACAUGAGGGAUUUAGUCACAAAAAUAUCAAAUAUAUUGAGAUAUUCAACUUGGGAUUCUGCUCAAGUGCAAUUGGAGAAUCUUUCAGUAAAAUGGGAUUCGUAUACAGUCAAUCAGGUUCUCAAGACCCAUCCCCCAAUGGAGAAGGCCUGGCUGUUUUUCAACUGGGCAGCUAGGCUUAGAGGGUUUAAGCAUGACCAGUAUACCUACACAACCAUGUUGGAUAUAUUCGGGGAAGCGAGGAGGAUUUCGUCAAUGAUGUUUGUUUUUAAGCGAAUGCAAGAAAAAGGGGUCGAGAUUGAUGUGGUUACCUAUACUUCUCUUCUGCAUUGGCUCUCCAACGAUGGGGAUGUUGAAGGGGCAGUUAGGGUUUGGUACGAGAUGAGAGCGAAUGGUUGCUGUCCUACUGUGGUUUCCUACACUGCUUACAUGAAGGUUUUGUUUGAUCACAAUCGUGUUAACGAGGGUGCUGAUGUGUACAAGGAGAUGCUCGAAUCCGGUUGUUAUCCCAAUUGCCACACAUACACAGUCCUUAUGGAGCAUCUUGCUGACAUGGGGAAGUUUGAUAAAGUUGAAGAGAUCUUUUGUAAAAUGCAAGAAGCAGGGGUUAAACCAGACAAAGCUACAUGUAAUAUUUUGAUUGAGAAAUGCUGCAAAGCAAAUGGAACAAGGACAAUGAUGAAAAUUCUUGACUACAUGAAGGAAAAUUUUCUUGUCCUGCGAUAUUCAGUGUAUAAGGAGGCCCUUGAAACCUUAAAUAGUUUAGGGGAGAGUGAUGUGCUUCUCAAGCAGGUUAACCGUCACUUUUCAUCAGAUUAUUGCAAUGAGGUGCAGACAUAUAGGUCUGGUUCAACUGAUAUGGAUAACCACUUCAAUUUAGAAGAAAAACUUGUUAUAUAUUUAUUGAAGAAGCAAAAUCUGAUAGCCAUUGAUUACCUGAUAGCUGAUUUGAUGGGGAAAUGCAUGAGAUUGGAUUCUGGAAUCAUCUCAAGUGUUGUUGAGGCAAAUAGUAACUGUGGGAGACAAGGUGGGGCUUUAUUAGCAUUUGAUUUCAGCAAAAAGCUAGGCAUAAACAUUGAAAGAACUGCAUAUCUGACUUUAAUUGGUGAACUUGUCAGAACAAAUUCUUAUCGGAGGGUAGUCGAGAUUGUUGAAGCAAUGCUAGGUGCGGGACUUACUCUGGGUUCACAACUGAGUGCGCUUCUAAUACAUCGGCUUGGCUGCUCAAAUGACCCUGUUUCUGCCGAGAAGGUAUUUUGUCUCCUACCUUACGAAGAGAAAGGCACUGUUGUCUACACGGGCUUAAUCAGUGCUUACUUCUCGUCUGCUAAUGCUGACAAAGGACUUGAAUUAUUUGAAAAGAUGAAAAGGCAAGGGAUGAAUGUUUCGUUAGGAACUUACUAUGUCCUAUUAAAUGGUCUUGAAAGAAACGGCAGAGUUGGUGAACUAGAAUGUUACAGAAAGGAGAAGAAAAUUCUUGAAGCUGAAUACCAUAAGAAAGAGCUAACGAUGGAGGAAAGACUGUGUGACAUUCUAUUCAGUGGUUUCGGACUGUAGAAUGGUUUGUUGACAUGGAUUCUGAAAGACUUGUGAUGGAAAUGGUGUAUUACCAUUUCUCUGUCAGAUUCUAUACAUUCUCUGCCAUAAAUGUUUCUGCUUUGGAAGACAUUUGCUUUACUAAUACUGAUGGAAUUCAUGCAUAACUGAAUCAACAAAUGUUAUCCUCAAGAACUGCAAAAUUGGAACAGGUAACUUCAAUCAAGAACAUUGUGAAAUUUUCAGUGCAAUGAACAUACUAAGUAAGGCAUAACACAUGAUACAUGGUUGACUAAGCCCACAAAUAUGAAGAGCUCACUACAUCUUGUACAAGAAUGCACACAAGACAGUGAACAAGGACUCUUCACUUUACACCUACUUAAAGGUGUAAAUUAUGGGUAACAGAUGAGUUAAGCAUGCAAAUGCUAGAUGAGAGGAAGACAAAUCAUGAGCCAGCAACAAAGGAGUUCUUCUCUGAUGCUCAAGUGGUAAACCAUCUGACCUUAAGUCACCACUCUAGCGGUAGGGUGGGGAUUUAACUCCUACCAACAACAUCUUGGAGUUAGGACUCUCCAAGUUAGAGUUUGGGCUCCUUAGAUUGGAGAUUGGGCUCCCCAAGUUGGUGGAAGUAUGGAGAUAGAUCCCUUGUGCGCAGAGUCAAUAUCAGGGACUAACUGGGAGACUAUUUGGGCGACUCGCGAUUACAUGUGACUCUUGAGCUAGGGUUUUGGAGGCUUAAAAUUAGUCUAGUGUAACUGUGUAAGUUGGAAACCUAAUAUAAAUAUAGAUGGGGUGUACAUGGUAGAUUACUUUUGGACCAGCACUUCAAAGAGUCUGGAGUGGUUAUACUGCCCAAUAACCACUGGUUUCCUCUGAGCUUCUUCACAAUUAUUUGUUCCCCCAAGUUUCAGGUUAGCUAAUUUCUGUACUUGAUAUCAGCUUACCUCAGGAAUAUGAAGGCAUCAGGCUGCAACACCUGUAUCAAUACGUACUCCAUUUCUAUUCUAGUUAGAAUGAUCAGUUCCCUUUAUUGUACCUUUUUUUUUUUAAAAUUUUUUUUAAUUUUUGGGCCAGGUAAAUCCACAAUUAUUAUUUGAGGGUA